UUAUUUUUACAUAUUUAUUUUUAAAUGCUUCCAUCAUAAAUUGAAAAUUACUUUAAAAAAUAAGUUAUUUAACGAAGAAAUGGUUUGUGACCUUUCUACUACCGGAAUUAAAUCUGCGGAUGAACAAGCAACUAAUUUAAUGAACAGUCAAACAACGUAUAGCAACAAUAAUGCAGAACAAUUUGGUGGGAAGAGAUGGAAUGUUGAAGCACUUUAUGAGAGUUGUCGAUUAAAAGUUUCAAUGACAAACAAUGGACAGACUAUGACCGAUGCUGAAGUUAUUUCGAAGAGGAAGGGCUUAAAUGGCCGCUGGAAUUUUUAUGUUCAUUACUUGGAUUGUAAUCGUCGACUUGAUGAAUGGGUUGAUGAAGAUCGUCUUGACCUUAGGACAGUUAGGGUGCCGCAACGCGUACGGAAAUCUAUUUCUACUGCGUCCUUUACAUCAUCCCCGUCUAUUUCUGAUUUGCAACAGAUGGAUCAACAACAAUCGAGUUUCUCUGUGUCUGAUGAACAAAGCUCGAGAGGUUCAACCCCUGAAAAGCAGCUUGAAUUAUUUCGGUCUCCUGCUCGAUCAAUCACAGGAAGCCGCAAACGCAGGCAUCAUGGUGGUUCUGCUGCUAUUCAUUAUGUAGAUGCUAAUUCUACUCACAUUUCUUCAGAGCACUCGAAACCAAGCGUGAGCAACGGAAUUAAUUCUUAUACUCCUCCGCCAGCUCCAAGUUUGCGAGGUUCAAUGUCAAAAAAAGGGCACAGUGAGGAUGUUCUUACGCGAAUACGAAAUGUGGAGUUGAUAGAACUUGGGCGGAAUAUAAUUCAACCUUGGUAUUUUUCUCCAUAUCCAAAAGAGCUGACAAUGCUUCCAUGUAUCUAUUUGUGUGAAUUUUGUCUGACAUAUACAAAAAGCAGAAGUUCGUUAACACGUCACGUUGCAAAAUGUAAUCUUUUUCACCCACCUGGCAAUGAAAUAUACAGAAAUGGGACCAUCUCUUUCUUUGAAAUUGAUGGCAGAAAGAAUAAGAUUUACGCACAAAAUCUUUGCCUCCUUGCCAAGUUAUUUUUGGACCAUAAGACGCUUUAUUAUGACACUGAUCCUUUUCUGUUUUAUGUAUUGACGGAAUAUGACCAAAAAGGCUUUCGAAUGGUUGGAUAUUUUUCAAAGGAAAAGGAAUCAGCUGAUGAAUACAAUGUUGCUUGUAUUUUGGUUCUACCUCCUUUUCAAAAGCGUGGCUAUGGUCGACUUUUGAUUGAAUUCAGCUAUGAAUUAUCGAAAAUUGAUGGAAAAACAGGAUCGCCAGAAAAGCCGCUUUCUGAUUUGGGAUUUCUUUCUUAUCGAAGUUAUUGGUUCCAAACAAUAAUGGAAACUAUUUUGAAUAUUGUAAGAGAACAGGGCGAUCCAAUACCUUCACAAGGAGAAAAUGGUGAGGAAGAGGAGGAUACUCAAGUUUCUGUUUCAAUUAUGGAUUUAUGUGAACUGACAAGUAUUCGAAAGGAGGACAUUUUACAAACACUUGAGGUAAGCGAUAAUUCUAUUUCUGUGCAGUUUUAUUUAGUUUUAUGAAAUCAACAAUUAUUUCCGAGGAGAAUACGUGCUGACUUUAACUUAUGAAAUGAUAGAAGCUUAUCAGAAAUCCGUCGAAAAACGGCAGUUAAGAAUUGACCCAAAAUAUAUAAGAUACGUUCCAAAGGAUUGGUCGAAGUACAGACGU